GCGAUCUUGUUCUUGUUCGAUCAUCUCAUUUCAGUCGAGUUCUGCUCCGGGCAUAUGAGUUUUGCUUUGAUAGUGCCUGUGCAGGGAGAGUAAAGGUCUCUAAAAGCUUUCCAAAGGCUCCUUGUUGCGGCAAAAUCUGAAGUUGUUGAACAUAUCCUGGUUGCGACCGAAUCUGAAGUUGCUCAAGCAUAUUGACUUCCCCACAUGCAUGCUCUACGGCACGAGAUACUUCCACCUAGCGGUGUGGAAUGCGCUGCAUGUCUCAAGCUCACACCUUCCACCGUCGGGAUGGCAGCCUCCAGUUCAUCCCAACCGAGAGUUCUCUUCAACGUUGUAGUUGCCCGCUCAAAUCUUCUACGUAUAUUCGAAGUCCGGGAAGAACCUCCACCUAUCUCACCUAAGCAAGAAGACGAGCGAGAAAGGCGUGCUAGUGUUCGAAGGGGCACUGAAGCUGUUGAAGGGGAGGUCGAGAUGGAUGCGUGUGGAGAAGGCUUUGUGAAUGUGGGUUUGGUCAAGUCUACUGCGCAGGACGCCACCGCCAUUUCGGUGCACCGGUUCUAUUUCGUGCGCGAGCAUCGUCUGCAUGGAAUUGUUACUGGGAUAGAGGGCGUUCGCACUAUUAGCUCUCUUGAAGAUGGUCUUGACCGUCUCCUUGUAUCGUUUAAGGAUGCUAAGAUUGCAUUGUUAGAAUGGUCAACAGAGACAGAAAAUCUCACAACGGUGUCAAUCCACACAUAUGAACGUGCUCCGCAAUUGUCCGCAUUGGAUGCACCUCUCUUUCGAGCACUUUUACGGAGCGACCCACUCUCUCGGUGUGCGGCACUUCUGCUCCCGAAAGAUUCCAUCGCUGUUUUGCCAUUUUACCAGUCGCAAGUAGAUUUAGAUGUAAUGGAACAAGUCACUCAAGCAAGCAGAGAUAUGCCGUAUUCUUCUAGCUUCAUCCUGGACUUUACUGCAGAUGUUGACGAACGAAUCCGACAUGUCAUUGAUUUUGCCUUCCUUCCCGGUUUCCACAGUCCAACUAUUGCCGUACUCUUCCAACCUCAGCAAACAUGGACAGGGCGGUUGAAAGAAUACAAAGAUACAGUCGGGCUGUUCAUUUUCACCCUCGAUCUCGCAACACACAAUUGUCCGAUAAUCACUGCAGUCGAAAACUUACCUUACGAUAGUUUGUACCUCACAACUUGCUCGAGUACGCUUGGCGGUGUCAUCAUAACCACAGCUAACUCUAUCAUCCACGUCGACCAGACGUCACGUCGCGUCGUCUUACCGGUUAACGGAUGGGUCCCUCGUGUCAGCGAUACAUCGAAUACGCUUCAUCCGAACCCGGGCUUGAAUCUUCAACUUGAGGGUUCGAAAGCAGAGUUCGUCGACGAUAAGACCCUUUUCAUCAUUUUAAAAGAUGGGACAGUCUAUCCGGUGGACAUUGCUGCAGAUGGACGAACAGUGUCGCACCUGUCCAUAACAACGCCGGUAGCAAGUACAACCAUACCUGCAGUAGUGCGAAGGGUACCAGGCGACUACUUGUUCAUAGGCAGCACAGUCGGCUCUUCGGUUCUGCUCAAGGCGGCGAAAGUCGAAGAAGAGGUUCCGGAAGAGGAUGUGGAGAUGGAGACAUCUCCUACUGCCGUUGUUGAUACGGGCAAUACGAUGGAUUUGGAUUAUGACGACGAUAUCUAUGGUCCUAUCCGGCUGGACACGAAACCGACAGCCAACGGCACAGCAAAUGGUCUUGUCUCUACUCGGAAGACUAGAUCCGUCGUUCACCUAUCUCUAUGCGAUUCGAUACCUGCGUAUGGCCCUAUAUGCGACAUUACCUUUGCUGUAACGAGAAACGGCGAUCGUCAUGUCCCGGAGCUUGUCGCUGCGACUGGUUCCGGUUCGUUCGGAGGAUUCACGCUCUUCCAGCGGGAUCUGCCAACUCGAACCAAGAGAAAACUGCAUGCUAUUGGUGGUGGUCGUGGGAUGUGGUCACUCCCUGUACGGCAAGCUGUCAAGGUCAAUGGAUCGACUUAUGAACGCCCUACGAAUCCACAUCGUACUGAGAACGAUGCAGUUAUCAUCAGCACCGAUGCAAACCCGUCACCGGGGCUUUCGCGCAUUGCGCAAAGAUCGCCCAAAAGCGACAUCGCAAUUACCACACGUAUCCCCGGAACUACAAUCGGUGCCGCGCCGUUCUUCCAAGGAACAGCGAUUCUACACGUCAUGUCCAACUCUAUUCGCGUGCUUGAACCAGACGGGACUGAACGACAAAUUAUCAAGGACCUGGAUCGGCCACGGAUUCGCUACUGUAGUAUAUCGGACCCAUUCAUCCUGAUCAUUCGUGAGGAUGACUCAUUGGGUCUGUUCAUCGGCGAGCCAGAGAGGGGAAAGAUUCGUCGAAAAGACAUGUCGCCUAUGGGUGAGAAAACUUCAAAGUAUGUCGCCGGUUGUUUCUACGCGGACACAUCAGGCGUCUUUCGGUCGAAACCCAACUCGACGGCAGAAAGUUCCGAGAAGACUGUAACGUCGACCCUUCAAACAGUCGUGGCAGCCGGAGGCAAGACUCAAUGGCUACUUCUCGUCCGCCCUCAAGGCGUCAUGGAGAUUUGGACGCUUCCCAAACUUACGUUGAUCUUCUCAACUACUGCGGUGUCCAUGUUAGAAAGCGUGUUGGUGGACUCAGGGGAUGCCCCUACUCCGUCGUUGCCGCAAGACCCGCCCCGCAAGCCUCAAGAGUUAGAUAUUGAGCAAGUUCUCAUUGCUCCAUUGGGCGAAUCCUCUCCAAAGCCUCACCUGCUGGUGUUCCUUCGCUCAGGGCAUUUCGCAAUAUACGAAGCUGUUCCAUCAUUUUCUACAACAAAUGAAACGCCGCCACUGACUCGUGCCUUUACGCUACCAGUGAAGUUUGUGAAGGUGUUGUCUAGAGCUUUCGACAUCCAGCAACAUCUGGAGGAGGGGGGCAAGUCGGUUCUAGCCGAACAGAAGCGCAUCUCACGACUUCUUAUUCCAUUUGUGACGUCGCCUGCGCCAGGCAGAAGCUUUUCAGGGGUCUUUUUUACAGGUGAUAGGCCAUGCUGGAUUCUUUCUACUGAUAAGGGGGGUGUCAAAAUGCAUGCUUCUGGCCAUUCGGUCGUACACGCGUUUACGGCAUGUUCUCUGUGGGAGUCUAAAGGCGAUUUUCUAUUAUACUCGGAAGAGGGACCCAGUCUUCUGGAGUGGAUACCAGACAUUCACUUUGAUAACCAUUUACCUUCACGUUCCGUUCCAAAAGACAGGGUGUACUCAAACAUCGUUUAUGAACCGUCAUCGUCUUUGCUGGUCGCCGCAACAUCUCAACAAGCCACAUUCGCAUCGUACGAUGAAGAUGGCAAUAUACUUUGGGAACCUGAUGUGCCAAACAUAUCAUAUCCCUCGUGUGAAACGUCUACACUUGAAUUGAUUUCACCGGAGACUUGGAUUGUAAUGGAUGGGUAUGAAUUUGCACAGAAUGAGUUCGUCACUUGCGUCGAUUGCAUUCCGCUGGAAUCAGCUAGUACGGAAGCAGGGAUCAAAGAUUUCAUAGCAGUUGGAACGACUAUCAACCGUGGAGAAGACUUAGCCGUCAAAGGCGCAGUAUAUAUCUUCGAAGUCGUUGAGGUUGUACCCGAUCCAUCCAUGUCACCGAAACGAUGGUAUCGCCUCAAGCUGCUAUGCAGGGACGACGCUAAAGGACCAGUGACCGCGAUCUGUGGAAUGGAUGGGUACUUAGUGUCUUCCAUGGGCCAAAAGAUUUUUGUUCGUGCAUUUGACCUCGAUGAGCGCCUUGUGGGAGUUGCAUUCUUGGAUGUAGGCGUAUAUGUAACGUCUCUGCGGGCCAUCAAGAACCUGCUCGUGAUCGGAGACGCUGUGAAGAGUGUCUGGUUUGUUGCAUUUCAGGAGGAUCCAUAUAAGUUGAUUGUACUUGCCAAAGAUGUGUGUCCGGUUUCUGUGACUCAGGCCGAGCUUUUCUUCGCGGAUGGAAGAGUGUCCAUUGUAAGCUGCGAUGAAGAGGGAGUUAUUAGGUUGUAUGAGUAUGAUCCUCUUAAUCCUGAGUCGAGAGGGGGACAGCGCCUGCUCUGUAAAACGGAGUUCCACGGCCAAACAGAGUACCGUUCUUCAUAUGUCAUCGCUCGUAGAUCGAGAAGUACUAGUACGGAUGCAGAGAUUCCCCAGGCUAAACUAAUUUGCGGUUCUACGGAUGGAGCGCUCUCUUCCCUGACAUACGUGGACGAAGGGGCAUUCAAGCGUUUGCAUUUACUUCAAGGACAAUUGACUAGGAAUGUGCAACAUGCGGCAGGAUUGAACCCCAAAGCAUUCCGUAUCGUGCACAAUGAUCGUGUCGCCCGUCCCCUUACCAAAGGUGUUCUAGAUGGAAAUCUUCUCUCCGCAUUCGAGGACCUGCCUAUUGCUCGGCAAGAUGAGGUCACUCGUCAGAUCGCCACUGAGAGAGCCGUUGUCAUGAAGGACUGGGUUAGUUUGGGAGGUGCGUGGUAAAGGCGCAUACUAAUGUACAUUUAAUAUAUUCGUUCGCUAUGCACAUGUCUAAUAUAUCCACAUUCUGUGUAUUCUGCGAGCUGUCGACAUCGCCAUCUCUGGACGGCGCUUUCAAACAUCUACAACAACUGCCUCUUCAGUAAACGUACUCUACUCAAGCGCCCGUCCUACCUUGCACAUUGCUCAUGCCUCGGACCAUGUUGCAAACAGCCGAAUCACAUUCCCUUUUAUUCGUC